AAAGAACAAAAAUUCCGCCGAAAGUUAGGUUAGGGUUUAUUUCCUGAAGCAGGUUUCGUGGAGACAACAUCAGGCAGCCACAGAUACAGACAACAGACAACACCUCGCAGCUGUGGAUAGUCGUCUCUCCUGUGCUCUUCUUUUGGUACCAGUACCCCAUCAUGCCUUCUUCCUCCAAGAAUAGUAGUAGCAUGCCAGACUACGAUCCCUAUCAAGUGCUGGGUGUCGACCCCGAUGUCUCGGAUGCGGCCAUUGCCAAGGCAUACCGCAAAGUGGCGCUCAAAUUACAUCCCGACAAGAACAAACGCAAAACGCCACGAGAGCAGGAAGAAAUCGCGACGAAAUUCCAUCGACUCAAGGAAGCACGGGCAUUUUUAUUGGACUCCGAGCAUCGUGUAGCGCGUGAAAAAUAUGAUUUGAACCGCAAGUCGCAAUUGCGACGACAAAAAGCCGAUGCCGCACGGCAACAAACCAUGUCGGAACGGCGCAAGCGACAACGAGACGAAUUGCAGCGGGGAGAAGAAGAGGAAGAAGAACGAAAAAAGACGGGACGCAAAAAGUCCAAAUCCAGUAAAAGCGACCACGAUCCAGAAGUAAUGGAUCAUUUAAAAAAGGAAGGAAGCGAUUUGCGCCAAAAAAUGGCCGCACGUAACGCCCAUCAAUCCGCGGCCAACGACUACAAGACCAAGGAGCAAUUGCGUCACGCCAAAAAGCAACGAGAACGAUUGUUGCAAGAUCGUCAAGUGCGUCUCAAAUGGAGUCGCAAAAAGAUGACCAUCAGUCCGGAUGAGCAUAGUUUGGCCACUUUGUUGUCGUCCAAAUUUGGAACGGUCGAACAAGUCGAAAUGAUGGGCAGCAAAGGAAAUCAAGCCUUGAUUACAUUUUCGCUGCCGUCUAGUUGUCGUCCCUGUGUAGAAGCCUAUCGAACCAGUGAAGAAAUGAGAGCCAACUUUGUGGGGCCACGAAAGGAACUCGAAGAGGCCCGCAUGGCGGCGGCAGACGAGGACCAAGCCGAAACAACAACAACAUCCACCAAGCAGGAAACACUCGAGGAACGCAAACUGCGACAAGCGGCGGAACGGGAACGACUCGCCAGAGAAAUCAUGGAUAAAGACGAACAAGGAGAAGACUUGGCAUCGGCUAGUCGUUGCGUCGCUGUAAAGUUGCCGAAAGGAAACGGUACCCCACUGGAACGACUACAGCAAGCCGAAACGGACAUUCUGGGUGCAUUGUUACCCAAAGAAAUGUUUUCCAGAUUAAAGUCGGUGCAUGUCUGAUCCUCCCUCCAUGAAAUUAAACUAUGUUUGGUGGGGUUGGCUUGUUCGGAGUAGACCAUUCCGAUGCAACAUUUCAUGGGGCUCUUCCAUGCAUUGAAACCUGCCGUUUGGUAAUUUAAGUCUAAUGUGACUCUUUUGAGCAUGAUCAACGGUGUCAGCAAAAAUACCUUUGUCCGAUUCGUAGCU